AUGGGGAAAUAUAGAAAGAGAUUUAACGAGAAGGCUCGUUCAGGCAUGCUUGCUAAGCAGGCAGCCUUAAGGAAAGUCAGAAACAAACAGUUCAAUAGACCCACAGAAGAAGCAAUCAAUGGAGAUGAGCCAGCAGCUGCGAAUGUAGAUCCUACUAAACUUUUCAACGAAGAAAACUCCAAUUCUGAAAUACUAAAGCCCAUGACAGACGAAGAAAAAUUGGAACGCAAGAGAACUUUGGAAGCCACCCUAUAUGCCGAAAACCAGAAGGAGUCCAAAAUGUCGAGGUCUAAGAGAAAGAGACUUGACAAGUAUAUAGACCAUCAGUUAAAGAGAGAGGAAAAGAAAGAUUUAUUGGAAAAAUUGUCCAAAACAAAGAUAGAUACUAGCAUUUUGACGGCAUCCAAGAACUUAGGAAGGGGUAAACUGACAAAAAGAGAAGAUAUGAUAGAAGCUUUAGAACUCGAAAGGCAAGGAAGAGCAGACGAAUGGACAAAGGAUGUACUUUACGAAACAAGGGAAGUUAAGGAAUGGGACGAAGAUGAUGAUAAGAGCGAAAAUUCUGAAAUAGAUGAUCAAGAUUCUGACGCAGACUCCUUAUCUGAAUUUGGUGAAACUACUGCUUCGACAACAUCUUCUUUUGUAGAUAACCGUCCAGCUAAAUUUGGAGGUAGUGGUUCAGGGUUUGGAUUCGCAAACUUACCGAAGAUUGAGAGAUCUACACUGCAUAAAAAGUAUACAUGGAGACUUAAGGUUGAACAAGAGGAAAGGAAGAGGUUGAAGUUGGCCGAUGAAGACGACUUCAUGUCAUCUUCUGACGAACACGAUGAAGAAGAAGAAGAAGAAGAUGACGAAGAAAAUGAAGGCAGUGCUGAAGAAGUAGAUCAGGACGAUGACGACAGUGCUGAAGAAUUAGAUGAAGUCGAUCACGAAAAUAGCGAAGAAAGCGACGAAGAAAGUGAUGAAGAAAGUGAUGAAGAAAGUGACGAAGAUAGCGACGAAGAAGAAGAAGAAGAAAUUCCUCGUCUUCUACAGAGCAAACCCAAGCAUUCCAAAAUCGCAGAAUCUUUUAAAGAAUGGGCAGAUCAACAAGUUCGUCAAAUUGAGGGAAGGGAAAACACUUCAAUGCCGGAGGUUUCUGCUGCUGUCAAGGAAAAAUACUCUAAACCUACAGUUCACGAGGAGGAUUUCGAUCGUCCCGAAGAUGACGAAAAUUAUAUUCCAAUCAAUCAGCAAUUGCAAAGAGAUGCAUUUUUCGUUGAGGUCACAAGAUCAGAUGAAAUCCAGAAACAAAGAAUGAACUUACCAGUAUUUGGAGAAGAACACAGAAUCAUGGAAGCAAUUCACCACCAUGACUGUGUAGUUAUUUGUGGUGAGACCGGGUCUGGUAAAACCACUCAAGUUCCUCAGUUCUUGUAUGAAGCUGGUUUUGGAAAUGAUGGAAGUGAAUUGUACCCAGGUAUGAUUGGUGUCACCCAACCCAGAAGAGUUGCCGCUGUGUCCAUGGCUGAAAGAGUAGGAAAUGAAUUGGGAGACCAUGGAGAAAGAGUUGGUUACCAAAUUAGAUUCGAUGCUACUAUAAAAAACGAAGGAAAACCAAAUGGUACUGCCCUAAAGUUCAUGACUGAUGGUAUCUUGUUGAGAGAAAUGAUGAAAGACUUCUUGAUCACAAAGUACUCUGCAAUCAUUAUCGACGAGGCUCACGAAAGAAACAUCAAUACUGAUAUCUUGAUUGGUAUGUUGAGUCGUGUCUUGAAGUUGAGAAGAAAAUACAGCACUGAAAACCCGGAGAAGUACAAGCCUUUGAAACUCAUUAUUAUGUCUGCAACAUUGAGAGUAUCUGACUUUUCUGAUAAUCAAACCUUGUUCAAGAUUCCUCCUCCAAUUUUGAAAGUUGAUGCUAGACAGUACCCAGUAAGUGUUCAUUUCAGCAAGAAGACAAACUUCGACUACAUUGAUGAAGCAUUCAAGAAGACUUGUAAAAUCCACAAGAAGUUACCACCAGGGGGGAUCUUGGUUUUCUUGACUGGACAGAAUGAAAUCACCACAUUAGUGAAGAAAUUACGCCAGCAGUUUCCAUUUCAAGAAACAGGACGUAAGAAGAACUCAAUUAAGUACGAUGAAGAACAACAGGUCAGGCUCAACAAGGAAACUGAUGCCGAAGCUGAAGACGUUGAUUUCAGCGUCAAUGUCAGAGAGCUCAUGGAACAGGAAGGAGAUGAAGAGGUUAGCGACGAAGACGAAGAAGAGGAAGAAGGCUUUGAAGAGGUUUUAGAGCCUCACCAAUCCGAGAAUGACCCCUUAUAUGUUUUACCACUUUACUCAUUAUUACCAACGAAGCAACAGAUGAAGGUGUUUGAGUCCCCACCUCCUGGUAGCAGAAUCUGUAUUGUAGCUACCAAUGUAGCUGAGACAUCUUUGACUAUACCAGGAAUACGUUACGUGGUAGAUUGUGGUCGUUCUAAAGAAAGAAAAUACAACGAAGAAAACGGAGUGCAAUCCUUUGAAAUCGACUGGGUUUCUAAGGCUUCUGCAGAUCAAAGAUCUGGUAGAGCUGGUAGAACUGGACCUGGUCAUUGCUACAGGUUGUAUUCGUCUGCUGUUUUUGAAUCAUUCUUUGCACAGUUCAGCACUCCAGAAAUUUUACGAAUGCCUUUCGAAAGUAUUGUUCUCUCAAUGAAGAGUAUGGGCAUUGACCAAAUAAUUAAUUUCCCAUUCCCAACUCCUCCUGAUAGAACUGCUCUUAGGAAAGCUGAAAGACUCUUGACAAUCUUAGGAGCCUUGGAUAGAGAAACGAAACAGGUGACUGACUUGGGAAGAACAAUGUCCCAUUUCCCUCUCAGUCCUCGAUUUGCUAAAAUCUUGAUUAUAGGUAACCAACUUGACUGUCUUCCUUACAUUGUAGCUCUUGUCUCUGCCUUGUCCGUUGGAGAUCCAUUUCUCACAGAGAACGAACUUGGAAUAAAUACAAGAAGGGAAGAAGAAAAGAGAAAAACAAGAGUUAAGUUCAACCAAUCAAGAGCUAUGUUCUCAAAAUUGGAUAAAGAAAGUGACGCUUUGAUGUUGCUUUCUGCGGUUUGUGCAUUUGAUCAUGUCCCUCAAGACAAGAAGGCUGGCUUCCUCAGGAACAACUUUUUACGUCCUAAGUUGAUGGAAGAAAUCGCAAAGUUGAGAAAGCAGGUGGAUUUCAUAGUUAAGUCUCAUACUGCUGUUGACUCUAUUGCCAACAAUACUGGUGCUGUAGAAAAGAGUAUGAAGCUAAAAAUUCCUGAUAAGAAGCAGGUAGCAGCUAUAAAGCAGAUGGUUGCAGCUGGAUUCAUCGACCAAAUUGCAAUCAGAGGAGACUUGGCAUCCACCGAUAUCAAUAUACCUAACAAGACUUCCCUCACCAAUAUCCCUUAUAUCCCCGUCUAUCCUAUCAGUACCGAUGCUGAGUCGGAGCCAUACGUGUACAUACAUCCUAACUCCAUAAUAACCGGAAGUGGUUCCAUUCCAGGCUCAUACUUGGUAUACCAAAGUUUGAAUACUGGAGCUAAUAUCAAAGAAGGUAAAGGUCCUAGAGUAAGAAUGAAGCCAUUGGUUGGAGUCAGCGGUAAGCAAUUGGCUAAUCUUGCUCGGAACUCGCCACUUCUUACAUACUCCAAACCUUUGGGCCAUCCAUAUGCUCCUAAGAAUAUCACCCCAAACAAAAGAGAAUGCUACGUAGUUCCCAGAUUUGGGGCCGCCAUCGGCUCGGGUGGUGUUGGCUGGGACUUGCCAGCAAUUAAGGUGAUUCAGGUGAAGCAGAAUGGAGCUUGGGUGACAGAAUCAUAGCUGCACAUUGAGCAUCUAAAAUUAAUAGCAUUUAUCAUAGAAACAAUUUAAUAUUAUUG